AUGUCUCAACAUGUUUCAUCAUCACCCAAUUAUUUAUUCUCCUUCUUCAUCAUUUUGUUGUUUUCUUCAACAAUAUGUUCAACAACACAACAAGUUAAUAAAUUCUCAUCAUUAAAAUCACGAGGAGGAGAACAAUCGGCAUUUGGUUACUUUUUGUGGAUGACUGAUAUUCACUAUGAUCCAUUCUAUGAUCCAACCAUUCCUAAUCAUCAAUACUUUUGUAGAAAACCACAACAAGUAGUUACGGAAAAUCAGCCAGAACGUGUUCAACAAGAGUUUCAUCAUUUGAGAAAUACCAAACAAAAAAUCCAAGAUUUUUUGUUUAUUGAGGAAAAGAGAAAAAUUUUGAUUCGUAAUUCUAGUUCACCUUCUUUCGAGGGAAUUGAUACGAAUUUUACUGAUUAUGCAAUGUACGGAAGAUAUGGAUGUGAUGCUCCAAAGACACUUGUGGAAAGCACAUUUUCACAAAUUGCACAAGUUAUUAGGGAGCAUAAUGGAAUUUUACCAGAUUUUAUUGUCAUGAAUGGAGAUUACAAUGCUCAUCACUUGCCUAAUGGAUCAUUUGUUUUGCAAAAUACAUUGGAUGUGACGAAAAUGUUGCAAUCUACCUUGGCAAAACAGUUAAAUGUUUAUGAUUUGCCAAUAUUGCCAUGCAUUGGAAAUAAUGAUUUGUAUCCUGAUUAUUAUUUGCCAUAUAUUGAAGAUCCUGAUCAUGGAAAUGAAGCUUUGACUUGGUAUCAAAGUUUGUGGACUGGACCUGUUGGAUGGGGAAAAAUGUUUGGACUCACUGAGGACUAUCAAAGAAAUACCUUCUUGAAGGGUGGAUAUUACAAGUAUGAAAUUGUCAAGACUUCUCAGGGAAGAGAAUCCAAGUUGGUUAUUCUUGUUUUAAAUUCACUUUUAUACUCUGCGAAUAGAUAUCCAAAUAUGACAAAUGGAGCUGAGCCACCAAGUGAUCCAUCAGGACAACUUGCCUGGAUGGAAAUGGAAUUGUUAAAGGCAAGAAGUGAACUCUCAAUUAGAGAUGUAACUGUUUACAUUGUAACCCAUAUUCCAGCAAGUCAAAAUUCAUUUGAUAACAAAUCAUUGUGGAAGCCAAUGUAUGAAUCUCAAUUCUUGGCACUUGUGUCAAAAUAUAGUGAAAUGAUUACCACCAUUCUGUACGGUCACUUGCAUAAGGAUCAAUUCAGAUUAUUCAGAAACCAACAACCCAAUAAGGUUAAUGAUUUGGGUAACACCAAGAAUAAUUUUGCCAUGGUUGGAUUGUCAGUUUCGCCAGUAUUUUCCAAUAAUGUAGGAUUCAGAACCUUGUACUACAGUGAGAAAUAUCUAAUUUUGGAUUAUGAUCAAUAUUAUAUGGACAUUUACUCGAGUAAUCAAAAGAGAAAUGCAGUAUGGAAGAAGGGCUAUACCUUUUCUAAGGCGUUCCCAACACUUUUUGAGGAAGCACACUUUAUUAAUUCACUACUUGUCCAGUCAUUUUUGAAGAAAUUGGAACAAAGCUACCAAGAGGACGAUCAACAAGUUGACUAUCUCACUCAAUUUAUGGGAUAUAAGGAAGCUCAAUAUGUUGCAAAUAGAUUUAAAUACUUUUGUGAUAUUACAAUGUUGGAACCAACUGAAUUUAUUAAAUGUAUCGCAACAGGUAGUGAUAGUGGUGCAAUUCCAAUUCAAAAAUUUAUCAAUCGUAAAUAA